AUGUCUGGCCGUGGCAAAGGCGGAAAAGGGCUCGGCAAAGGCGGUGCUAAGCGCCACCGCAAAGUUCUGCGGGAUAACAUCCAGGGCAUAACCAAACCUGCCAUCCGUCGCUUGGCUCGCCGUGGUGGUGUUAAGCGUAUCUCUGGUCUUAUCUACGAGGAGACUCGCGGGGUACUGAAGGUGUUUCUGGAGAAUGUGAUCCGGGACGCUGUCACCUACACCGAGCACGCCAAGCGGAAGACUGUCACUGCCAUGGAUGUGGUCUACGCACUCAAGCGCCAGGGACGAGACUCGCCCGAGGCUGCUCACCAUCGCUCAGGGCGUUCUGUAAUGGCUCGUACGAAACAAACCGCUCGCAAGUCUACCGGCGGCAAAGCACCGCGCAAGCAGUUGGCCACCAAGGCGGCCCGCAAGAGCGCGCCGGCCACGGGCGGCGUGAAGAAGCCGCACCGCUACCGGCCCGGCACGGUGGCCCUGCGCGAGAUCCGCCGCUACCAGAAGUCCACGGAGCUGCUGAUCCGCAAGCUGCCGUUCCAGCGGCUGGUGCGCGAGAUCGCGCAGGACUUCAAGACCGACCUGCGCUUCCAGAGCUCGGCCGUGAUGGCGCUGCAGGAGGCGUGCGAGGCCUACCUGGUGGGGCUCUUCGAGGACACUAACCUAGGUCUUGAAGUCAUGUCUGGACGCGGCAAAGGCGGUAAGGGUCUGGGCAAGGGAGGCGCUAAGCGCCACCGCAAGGUUCUGCGCGAUAAUAUCCAGGGCAUCACCAAGCCCGCCAUCCGCCGCCUGGCCCGGCGUGGGGGUGUCAAGCGCAUCUCCGGCCUCAUCUACGAGGAGACCCGUGGGGUGCUGAAGGUGUUCCUGGAGAACGUGAUCCGGGACGCGGUCACCUACACCGAGCACGCCAAGCGCAAGACGGUCACCGCCAUGGACGUGGUCUAUGCGCUCAAACGCCAGGGUCGCACUCUUUACGGCUUUGGCGGCUAA